CAGACUACAACAAGCACAGGACCAACGACAGUAGAAACAACUUCAUCUACAGCUACUUCAGCUCCAACCAGUACAAUUCAGGAAGCUACAACUACAACAGUAACGACAGCAACAACUGAACUGACCACUAGCACUCUAUCCACAACAGAAGCUACAUCAAGCACACAGCCAACAACUGAACAAACAACUGCAGCUACAACAACUGUAGCCUCAACCACUACAACUCAGGAACAAACAACAACAGUGGAAACAACCACGGCUACAACUCCAACCACAACAAGUGAGACAGCAACAACUACAGAGGAAACAACCACAGCUACAACUACAACUUUAAAUACAGCAGCAACAACAGAAUUAACCACUUCCACAGUACCAACUACACAGACUACAACAAGCACAGGACCAACGACAGUAGAAACAACUUCAUCUACAGCUACUUCAGCUCCAACCAGUACAAUUCAGGAAGCUACAACUACAACAGUAACGACAGCAACAACUGAACUGACCACUAGCACUCUAUCC